AUGACCCAAUCCACCCCCCCUGCCUCCUCACCGCACGGUUCAGAUUCUUCCGAUGCAACACAUCACAUGCCAAACACUGACAUGCAUAUGGGUCAAUUACCCGGGCCCGAGCCCGCAUGUAUUCCCCAUCCAGGCUACGCCACCUACCAUCCAGGCUAUGUCACCUACCAUCCGUACGGUGUGCCGCCUCAUUGGACAUGUGGUCCUGCGCCCCCAUAUGCGCCUGUCGUGCCUUCGCCUGGUGCGGGUGCUGGAGUUGCGCGCCACGCGUUCCAAGCGGGACAAAAUGGGUAUUACCCCCCUGGAGGUGCGAACCCUCACGCGUACGCUCCACCCAUCCCGCACCAAGGAAUCCUCAACCAGCAUCACGGGCCUGGGCUCUCGGUGGGCUCUACUUCCUUGUCUCUGCCUCAAGCACCGGGUUGUCAAAAGCAAGUCCGCCAACGCCGCAAGGUCAAGAAAUCUGAAUUACGCUCUAGUGGGAUAGAGAACGACCCGUUGUUUAAACCCGUGCUUGAUGAAUAUGGUCAACCCAAAGGGAAAUUCGUGUGUGCCAUGGAUGGCAGAAUAAUCGGACCCAGCGGUUAUCUCGUGCGUAUCCCAACUCUUAUGAUUGACGUAUCUCAUCAUCAUGUUGUGGUGAUUAGCUAUACGAGAGGUGAUUCCUACAAGAGGCACCUCGACAAUGGCACGUGUGAACGUUCGACAGCUGUGGGCGCUCUGCCGUCGUACCCAGCUACCACGAGUUCGGCUUCUCCCGCACCUGUGGCAGCACCUACCAUGGCGUUCGCCUAUGCAUAUCCUUGCCCGUAUCCCAGGUUUUCCCCAUCAAUGUCUCAGAACGUGCAGAGUGGAACACCCGGUUUCACGAAUCCUGUACUUUUCUCUCGAUUAGAAGAAGAAGAGGAUGAGGAAGAGGAUGACUCUGAUUUUUGGGAGGCUAAUGAAAUUUAA